AUGCUUGCAUAUAAAUUACAAGUUAUAGGAUGUUUAUUAAUUUUACUAGCAAUAAUCAACACUUCUACAACAUACUCUAUUGAUAAAACGAUUAUUACCCCCCGAGAUCCUUCGUAUCCUAUACAUAAUGUCUCCAAUAGGUACCGUGGAGAUCUUAUAUCAAUGCAGCAUAUUUGCCUCUACUGGAUUAGUGGAGACUAUGUAACUCGUUGGCAAGAAUGUGUAGAAGAUUUUGAUGGUAAAGAUUACGUAACAGUAGGGUAUAGCUCCCCAUGGUGGGCAGCAGGAUAUUAUUUUGGAGCAUAUGACGAAUUCUACAGGGCAACAUUUUCAACUGAUUAUGUAAUGUGGUUUAAUGACGACCACGGUCAAGAAUAUUGUAAUGAUCUUCAUUAUCAUAUUAAGGGUUUUAAGCUGAAACAGGAUUAUAAUAAGUAUGAAGCCGUAGCCCCUUCAAA